CGGCUGGGCCACGGCCAGCGACUGGGCCGCCCAGAGAGACUUCAUCACCACCCUUUGUGUGUUCUGCUGCCCUCUUGUCCUUCUAUCCCUUCAAUGCUAGCGGUCAUCUUGUCGGGCGUGAGCUCCACGGCUACACCUGCCGCCGAUAGCAGCAAGUAGUAUCAUAGGUUCUAACACCUACCAGAUAGAGACCAGAACAAGACGUUGAAGGAGAUCAUGCAAAUAAUGCAGAACAACCAUCAAUUCUUCGCGACUGUGAGGAUGUAUAAGGCCCGUUUCCAGAAAUGGGGCAUCGAGAAGAAGAUCAAGGCCGAGGAAGCCGUUGAGAUCUUCCGCCAGCAAACUGCUCGCGCCGCCGUGGGCAAACCGACGGUCGCCUACAUUAGGGGCAGGCGGAUCGAUCCGGACCGACUCCAACGAUAUCGGUAUCGCGCAGCGCCGCUCAUUUCGAAGAAAAUCAUGCGUGCGGAGAAGGGGGUGGUGGAUAAAGACGGCGAGCCGUCUAGGAUGACCCAGGUUGUCUGCCGGACGCCCUCGCCCUCGCCCUCGCCCGAUACGACAAACUCUAGCGUAUCCAUCUCUCCCCGUCUAGAAGAGCCUACGGAAUUGCGGAUACCGCACGAAUGCAUGCAGAUCCUCCGGAAUUUUAUAUAUGGUGCGUUCGACAGUGGCAUGUGGGAGAUGGCGUCUGGAGGGGACACCGCCGAGAUGAAUGGCGCGUUCACCUGGCAGCACUAUGUUGCCUCCUCCCAGGGGUUGAUCCGUCACGGCCGGAUAAAGGAAGGCUUCUCGCUGCUAGGCAUGUGUUUCGACCAAUACAAGCGACAAUUGCAGCGACCGGAUUCGAUGUUCUGGUUAGCUACCUACAAAUGUGCCAUUGUUCUUGCCAGCCAGAACGGCAAGCUUGGCGAUGCCUUCCUCGACUACGCCUCGAAGCUUACCUCGUUGAUUCUACCUCCCGGGCAUCCGUUCAACCAGCUAUGGUCUCGGGUGAUGAUCACGGGGAUGCGUGGGAUCCGUGAGCAUGCCGGGACCAUUUUCGAGUCCUAUCUAGACAUGUGGGGACGGCACGUCAGCUCGACGGAUACCAACACAACCAAUGAUGUCCAGGGGCUGUUUGUUUUCAUCCAGCUUCACUGCACAGGGCUUCUCUCGUACAGCCUCCUCGAAACCGUUGUCGAAGCGAUGAUUGCGGGGAACGCGGUAUCGAGAGAGGCCGCUGAGUUUCUACUUCAGGAGUCGAAGUUUAGAUUAGUCCUAUCGUGCCUUUCGAGACGGCGACUGAAGAAGGCCGAAGCCCUGACCAAGGAGAUCAUGUCGUGGCUCGACUCGAGGCCGUCGGAUUCCUAUCCGGACCUCCGCUGCAAGGCCGCCUGGCUGAUGUUCGAGGUGAAAGAACGCAAGGGAGCCCAAGCGGAAGCCUUGAAGGCGGGGCAUUCCCUUCUCAAGCUAUCCGUGGACGUAUACGGACCGACACACAUCCAGACGCUAGAGGCCAUGUCCGCCGUGGAGAAUUACUGCCGGCGGAUAGGUGCCAGUAAGGGCGCUGAGCGGAUGGGCCGUGAAUUCGAGAACAGGUGGCGCGUCUUCUGCGAUGCGGCCGAGGUGCAACGGGGCUUUCCUCAGCAGAUCGACCAGCCGUGGUACUAUCGUUCGAUUGAGCUGGGCGAAAAGGUGGAAUAUGUGCAGGAGACGGUCAAUCUAUUUGAGCGCUGCUUGAAGCUAUCGGACUCCCCGCCGUGAGGCCGUCGGACUUCCUACUAUCGGCCGCACCAAACUUUGGCAAGCGAUCCAGUGUGCCUACGAGAAGUAACGUGGUGUUGCUACUCUACGGUGCCUCUUUGCGGUAUCUCCGCGUCUACCAUUUUCUCCUAUCUCAUAGGCUAUUCAGGAAUGAUGACGUAUUGGAUUAACUAGCCUACAGACACGGGAUGUCGCUUGCGUUCGAGGCCAGGAAAAAACGGCGAGUCAACUAGAUUUAUGCAUGCAAGAGUAUAUAUGCCAUUGUAUCUACGCGUUGUAUUCAUAGGGUUAUAUAUCUGCUACAGGCUUGGCAUCCCAAGUCUACCUACAUCCAGCGACCUUUUAUGGACACGGGUAUAACGCGAGAUACCCCCGUCGGCAACACCCAUAUGGUGCUGAAGCGUGG